UUAAAAUUUUAAUAAUAGUUAACAUGGAUUUUGAAAAAAAGUGCAUGAAGUUUCUAUAAACAAAUGUGAAAAAAUAAUUAACUCGUGACGCGUGUGUAAGAACGCAAAACGCGAAAAAAUAAAUUUAAAUUUACAUGUUUUACGCAUAUAUUAAAUAAGUGGAUUUCACGGAAGGAGCCUGAGUGAUCAAUAUGUCGGUUAACUACAGCGCCCACCAGUUUGAGCCUGCCUUCCGCCCAACGAAACUCUGUAACUGGGAAGUGCCACGAAAAACUAGUAGACGACCAUCAGUUUGCAAAGUUCCAACACAGGUCAUUUGCGACGAGAACGGGCGUUUCCUGUCCGCUGAUUUAAGACCAAAAAGCAGCCCUUGGGCUAAAUACAAAAGUACUUGGCAAUUGCCAGAUAGAAUUACGAGGUAUCAAGCAAACGAAUUGAAUGAAACCCUACCCAAGCGAAAGAUAGCGGGAAAAGAUAAUAAAAGCAGAAAAGGAGGAGAACAGAGUCCACAGUCUACAGGAAAUGAGCAGACGCAAUAUACUCAAACUGCACCACAGCCUUUAGUAUAUCCUAAUGUACAAGAUCCUAAUCAAUUGCAAGUAAUGCAACCCGGAAAAGUAAUAUAUACUGAUCCACAGCUGCAGCACAAUUAUGAACCUCAAUAUGUUGAUCAAAUUGCAUUUCCCGGUGCGGGUCCGAUUCCUGCGGAAGAGCAAACUGUUGCUAUAUGUGGCCCACAACCUAACAUAUACAUCCCAGGAGAUUUCACUGAACCGGAGCAGCAGCAUUCAAGCCGAUUGACUCUUUUACAACAGAAUCUUAACAAUGAUUCUGACAAUAAAGAAGAACUCCCUUUGAAUCCACUAUACAUUGAACAACACAAAUGUACUGAUACCAUUGCUCUCCUAGAAGAACAAGAAAAACGACUUCGUGAAAAAAUUCCGCACGUACUUGGUGAUAACGUUGAAGACAAUUUCGAAAAUAUGAAAAUCCAAACACAUAUCCCUGACAAACCAACAGAAAGAAACCCAUCCCCUUUGAUCCCAGCAUAUUGUAACUUUGAGAUGGCGAAAAGAAUGGCUCAGGAGAAUUUAGAGCACCAACCCUUGCCCGAUUGCAUAAUGGACCGUGCAUUUCGGAAAAUCCAAGCCCAAGGAGAUUCAUACCCGGGCUUAGCAUUAGACGUAAUACCCUCUGCUAGCGGUGUUGGAAUUAAAACCUACAAAGCCGGGCCAACACAUUGCACUAAAAUGAAAGUGUACAGGCCAAAAACGUGCGGGGUGGUGCCGAAGGCAGUUGGUGAGUCACAAAUGCACAGACCACAGACCUGUUACCCAGGAAAUCAAAAGAUGAGUUCAAUGGACCUUGCAAUAUGUUGGGACUAUAGACCGGCUAAUCCAAUGGACGAACCUCAACCGCCUAAGCACAUCGAUGGCUCAAAUGGAUCAGCUGCUCCUGCAGUUUUUACUUUAGUCAAGACUCCAAGAACACCGGAAAAACUUGAUACCGGUCGGUCGGCUGGAAUUUUUACAAACACCCUUGGCAACGAAGGUUUCUUCGAGAAAGACAUAGUGAGGAGGAAAACAAAUUUUUCAGCGCAAAGAAGUAAGAGUGGCUUGAAGUGUUCAUGUGGAACCUCCCCGAUGAGUAUGGCUAGCGCAAAAUCAAGUCGAUCUCAAAGUGCAACACGCGAUGCGGCCCUAAAAAGUAAUACAAAACGCAGUGAAAGCUCCCCAAAUCUGUCUCAAAUAGUGAACGUAAGUGAAUCUGCCAUGUAUAGAGGAAAUCAUUAUCGGAAUUACAAUCAGCACAUUCCAAGAAAAAAGGAACACACUUGCAGCAAAUAUGGUCCUAAGAAUCGUGAUAUGCACGUCUUGAAACGAACAGAGAGAUUGUGCCAGAAAUUCGAACCCCAACAAUAUCCGGAACUAGCCCCAAGAGAAACCUACAAACCUGCUUUCAAAGCAGGGGUUCCGAAGAGUAACGCAUCAGGCACGGUGACUAGCUUUGAUAGUGGUUGCAGUACAAUGUCUUCAGGCACGUGCUCCACAAAAGUUUUAAAUAUUCCCAAACCACGACAUCCAUAUGCGAAAAAGAAUUACAAUAUCGACACCCUAGUCCCGCCCUUUGCUUGUAUUAAAGGCGGCGCAGGGCAGGGUGGCUAUCCCGAACACUGGCGAUUAGCAAGCGUCUACCAACAUGCAUAUAAGCCCAUCGAUCAACGAAAACGACCACUAUUGCAAACUAUUUAUAAGUAAUUUAAUAAGUUUUUA